GAUAUAGAAGUUGUUUCGACUAGCAGAUUAAAAAUUUGGGGUGUUGCAAUCUAAUGUUUUUUUUACUAUAAAAAGCAUAAUUCUGCAAUAUACUUACUUUUGCAGUGAUUUCACCCAUUUCCAGCUUUUUAGAAUUUUAUAAUAAUUAAUGGAUAGACACAGAAAACGUCGUUUGUCGCCAAGGCGUAGUAGAUCCCCGUCCAAAGGCACAUAUCGACGUAGUCGAUCAAGAAGUCAUGAUAACAUAAGAAAUAGAAGGAGCAGAAGUCCCCGCAGACGUUCUCGGGAUAGAAAAUCAGGAAUUUCAUCGUCUAGAAAAUCAUUAAAGGAAAUAAUCAAAUCUGGAAGUUAUGAAAGUUUCAAAGUAGUUAGGAACAGUCGGCAAGAAACAAGAAAGAAACACACAACAAUGUCCUUUAAUGAGCGAUUUUCUAAUUCAAAUAAGGAAAAAUUUGUCGCUCAAGAUAAUAUUACAAUUGGUAUCGAGAGAAACAUUCAAGGAAACUUUCCAGCCGUUAUUCCUCCGUUUAUUGACACUUCAGCCGUAGUUGUCUUCCGAAAGAGAGACGACGGUGAUAAACCUUUAUGUAAAAGACCAGAAUUUAAAAAUGAUAUUGAAGUUGAGGAUGAAAAGCGUGCAGGAGCAAUAGAUCCAACAUCUGUAGUAUCAUCUGUUAUACACUCAACCGGCGACGGAUGGAAAGAUAGUAAACGAGAAAAUAGAAGGAGGCGUUUUGAUGUUAAAUUAAGGAGAGGAAAUCUGCCUGAUUUUGGAAAGAGACGUGACAAAGGUAGGGUUGAAUCUUGGCAAUUGAAUCCAGAUGUUGUGCCUAAGGGAAGAAGUUAUUAUGAGCAUGAUAAUAGAAUGGAUUCAAAUCAUUCUCAUCGAAAUAAUCGUGGAGGUAUGAGAUCUUGGCAGCCGAGAAACAAUAUGAAAAGAAGAUGGAAUGAUUCAAAGGUCAAUACAAAAGAUAAUGACAAAUGGGCUCACGACAAAUAUGGUGAAUUGGAGCAUGACGGUGAUGAAGAAUCGGCCGCUCUUUAA